AUGUCGGAGGACACUUAUUCUUACGAUGUGCCCGAUAUCAGCCUCAACUUCAAGGAGAUGAAUGACGCCCAGAAAAUUGAUGUUGACGCCUGGUUUGAUGAGAAGGAGAGUAAUAACGAAGAUGAAACGGAGCCGUCAAACGAGGUGCCCGCCAAUGUGGUUCGCUCGAUGGCGGAAUGGCCGCAAGCAACGAGAGAGAACGCACCCCCUCCAGGAAGGGCCCCAGCAAGGGCGGCCAAGCGGCUUUCGGCCCGGCGAAAAAGUGCCCAGCGUCGACUGAUGGCCAAAAGCCACGCCGAGAAGGUUGCCACCGCCUUGGCCAGCAAACAAGAGCCCCCUCCAGUGAAGAAGCAGAAAAUGUCUAACAAUCGGGAAAACCUGGCCGAAAUUGACACGAACAGAAAUGUCACGCCCGGGAAAGCACAAGUCCCCGUCACGCCCGGUGCACCCAAGACCAGAGGUGCCUCUAUGAAAGGAAAGUCCACGGAGGUGCUGGAGUUGGAGAAGAUGCAGAAGCUGCAGCAGGAGGUGGUCGAGCUGCGGAGGAAGAACGAGGAGUCCCUCAAAGUGGCCAUCGCUGGACCAGGGCUCCCCGUGAAGGCGGCCAGCCACAUCACCAAGCCGAUGGAUUUCCACUUCUGCACCGACGAGCGGAUCAAGCAGCACGGCGAAGGCCAGCCAGCCGCGGAGUACAAGGAGCUGGAUUUCACAGCCGCCCUCAGGAAACACCCGCCUUCUCCGUCCAGGAUGUCAAAGGGGCCCACAAUCCCGAAGCCGUUUAACCUCUCCUGCGGGAACAAGCGGAAACUGGACGAGGCCCCCGGCGAAUACGUCUCGCUGGCCCAACAGGUGGAAAACUUUCAGAAACGCACUCCUCAGCGCUACCAUCUGCGUGGCCGGAAGGAGGAAGAAGGUCCAAGCAGGCCUUUAAAACCCGGACUGACCCACCCCAAAACCCCCCGCCUGGAAACCAGAAGCCGCUCGAGACCCAUCACCUGCAAGAGCGCAGCGGAACUGGAAAACGAGGAAAUCUUGAAGCUCCAACAGUACAGAUUCAAGGCUCAGGAGCUCAACCACCGCAUCCUGGAGGGCGGCCCCCUCCUGCCCAAGAAGCCCCCCGUGAAAGAGCUGACCAAGCCGAUCGGCUUCAACCUGGAAAUGGAGAAACGGAUCCAGGAACGGGAGACCAAGAAGGUCCAGGAAGAGGAGCCCUUCGAGUUCCACUCCAGGCCCUGCCCGACCAAGAUCCUGGAAGACGUGGUGGGUGUCCCUGAGAAGAAGCAUCUUCCCAUCACCGUCCCCAAGUCGCCCGCUUUUGCCUUGAAAAACAAAGUGGGCGCCCUGGUGAGAGAGGAAGCGAAAGAAAAGGUGGAGGACGUGGCCCCUGUGAUCAAAGCCAAGCCGAUGCCGCAUCCAGGGGUGCCCUUCAAACCCAAACCGGCAGAGCCGAGGCUGGUGGAGCCGUGCCCGUUCUCGUUUGACGCCCGGGACAAGGAGCGGCUGCUUCAGAAAGAGAAAAAAAUCGAAGAGCUGCAGAAGGAGGAGGUGCCCAAGUUCAAAGCCCACCCCCUGCCUCAGUUUGACCACGUCAGCCUGCCGGAGAAGAAGGUGAAGAGCGCCACCAAGCCCGAGCCCUUCCAGCUGGCCAUCGAUGCCCGCGGAGCCGUCCGGCAAGAGAUGUGGCAGCAGCAGCUGAAGGAAGAGCUGCAGCGCCAGAAGGAAGCUGCCGUCUUCAAAGCUCACCCCAGCCAGGUGUUGCGCCAGGACCCUUUUGUUCCCAGGAAGGACAGCAAGCUGGCUUCAGGUGAGGCGUCUCCAGGUGUGUUGCCCGAUCACUUCGAGCUGGCCACGGAGCGACGGGCCAGGGAGCGCCAGGAGUUCGAGAAGCGGCUAGCCGAGCUGGAGGCGGAGAAGGCGCGGCUGCAGGAGGCGACGCGGCGCGUCGAGGAGGAUCGGGAGAAGGAAGAGAUGGCGAAGCUCCGCGAAGAGAUGGUAAACUCGUAA